AUGGACCUCAUGAACCGAGUUUGCAAGUCUAUGUUGGAUAAGUCAGUAAUCGUUUUUAUCGACGACAUUCUAGUGUAUUCGAAAAGUGAGGUGGAUCACGUGCAUCAUUUACAGGAGGUGUUUGAGACACUCAGACGAGAAAGAUUGUAUGCGAAAUUUUUGAAGUGUGCCUUUUGGUUACGUGAGGUACAAUUCCUCGGCCAUAUCAUAAGUGCCGAUGGAAUAUUGGUAGAUCCGUCAAAGAUAGAAGCCAUGACGAAAUGGAGCCCUCCGAAGAAUCCUUCGGAAAUCAGAAGUUUCUUAGGGCUUGCGGGCUACUACAAGAGAUUCAUUCAGGAUUUCUCCAAGAUUGCUUCACCGCUAACUAAAUUAACCCGGAAGGAGGAAAGAUUCAUAUAG